AUGUCUACUCCCAUUGCUCCCACUGACUCCGCUCCGGUCAAGGGCACAUUCGUCGACGUAGUCGCCCACAACGUCAGCGUCGACUCCGUCAAAUCCGACGUCAUCCACACCAUCUGCGGCGAUUGUUCUUCCCUCAACGAGGUCGCCAUGCCGAAGGAGUUCUACCACGUCGUCGCGUAUGGUUCCGGGAUCGGCGUUUUUGCGCACCAGGCCGUCGCCGACGCGUUGGUUCUCGGGGUCCCUCGCGCCAGCCGCGUUGUCUACCACAGCAAGGCCGAGGCAUUUGACGCGCUCGAGGCCGCUUUGAGGACCAAGGCCGCCGAUGUCGUUCUUCCCAAGGGUCAGGCUGGAAACUGA